AUGAAUUGGUGUGUGAUACUUGUGUGUCUGUUCGUUGCAAGUGCUCGUGCAUCAGGGAAUUCAUUGAAAGAUCCUUAUAUUUGUGGACCUCCAACGUGUGCACACUCCGAGAAAUUCAAGUACUUAACUCAAAUAAUAUAUCACUAUGAAUAUAAAGUAAAUGUGGAAACUUAUUUUGCCGGCUCCAGCAACAACCGUUCUACAUUAAACGUUAAGGCUGAAGUGGUGGUUCAAUUCAUCAAGCCCUGUGAAGGACUACUACAGCUAAGUGAUGUAGUUUUAUUGGAUCAAGAUGAAAGCUACCCAGUCGAAAGAGCUGAAAAAUUCAUUAAUGCAGUUUCUUUAUAUGAUCUUAGAUUUUCGUUUCACGAUGGGAUUGUAUCUGAGAUAUGUCCCAAUGAAUUGGAAGAAGAUUGGGUCCUCAACUUUAAAAGAGCUGUAUUAUCUCUCUUUCAAAAUAGCAUGAAGAGGUUUGACAUAAACUUUAAAGGGGUUGAGCAAGACAUCCAUGGAACAUGUAAUGUUGACUAUGUGGUGAGGGGACAAGAAAAUACCAGCCUAAUACUAGUUAAGACACGCGACUUAUCACAAUGCAGAGAUAGAUAUAAAUAUAUGUCUAUACUACAAACUGUUAGAUAUGAUUUUCAAAGUAAAUUUCAAACCUGGCCAGUUCUAAAAUCAGAAAGCAAAUGUCGCAUCUCAGUGGAUCAUCACAUUUACAAAUCAGUUAACUGUAAAGAAAGGCAUUUGUUUGAGCCUUUCUCAGGCAGAAACUCGGGAGCGAUGACUACAGUUAUUCAAGAUUUGACACUUUUAAAAGAAGUCAACAAGACUGGCACAGAAACUAUGGACACUGAAAACAAAGUGUGGGCUGUCAUACAAAAACGAUCAAAUAUUCUACACCAUCAUUCCCCAAAUGGACGAUCGGAUACCGGUGAAUUGAAAUCUGCUCGAGAUGUACUAAAAUUACUUUGCCUAGUGAAACCAAGUUCAGAUGACGAAACGUCGACAGUGGAUGAGAAUAUGGAUAGUGGGUCCACAGUAGGACUUUGGGGCAGGCUUGUACGGUCCGCAAGAAAACUGCAUCAUCCUGCAUUAGCUCAGUUGUUGUCUAGAGCUCCCACUUUGUGUUCUAGUGCUUCAAAACACAUCCUAGACGCACUCCCAUACAUAGCAAGCACAGGCUCAGUGGAACUCAUCAAGAAUAUGAUAAUCAACGACGAAGUGAACAAAGACACCAGGCACGAGUGGCUCAUGUCGAUGGCCAUGAUACCUCGUCCCAAAUUAGAAAUGUUGAAUAGCAUGCUAGAGCUACUACAAAAGCAAAAAAACGACAGAGUGAUAAGCUUCACAGUAUCCUCUAUGCUGCAUUCCUAUUGCAAACACAGCGGGAAAUCACUUCGAGAAUGUUGCGAAGAAGAAAUCCCAAAACAAAUAGUAGAAGAAUUUCAUAGUAUUAUUGUUGCAAUUAUUGAAAAAGGAGUUCCGAAUGCAGAAAGAGCAGACAGAGAUAGUCUGGUAAUAGCUGUGAAGGCACUAGGCAAUAUUGGUGGAUUUAAUCAGAAAAUCAGCAAUACAUUACUAAGUAUAGUGGAUGAUGCGCUCAUACCGGUAUCUGUGAGACUGGUGGCUAUAGAUGCGUUUAGACGAACCCCAUGUGACGAAACUCGAGAAUAUUUUCUAGAAACAUACCGGGCUAGUUUAGUAGACGUUGAAAUUCGUAUCGCGUCUUAUUUGCAAAUGAUGAAAUGUCCCGACCUCAGUACUAUAAGAAAGAUAUUCCUAACUUUGAGAAAUGAAAAGGUUAAUCAAGUGGCAACUUUCGUCUGGAGUCAUCUCAACAAUCUCGGCCAGUCGUCUCUACCAUCCCGAGUGGAGAUACAAGGACUUCUAUCCGGCAACACAAUGCCACAAUUAGAAGACAAUCCAGACUUUAGAAUGUUUUCCAGAAAUUACGAACAGAGUGUGUUCUUCGAUCAGUAUAAUGCUGGUGGCAAUUAUGAAGCGAACGUAGUAUUUUCACCGGACUCCUACAUACCGAGGUCGGUAUCGCUCAAUCUAACCGUGGAUAUGUUUGGGGAAUCAAUCAAUUUGCUAGAAAUAAAAGCCCGAGGCGAAGGUUUUGAAAGGUAUUUUGAAAAUCUGUUCGGCAAUAACGGUCCUUUAAGCAAAAAUAAGAUAAAGGAUAAAAUAAACAAAUUACGGUUUCUACGAUCGACAAACGAUGCCGAAGAAGUUCAAGAGAAAAUUGAUAACCUCAGUUAUAAGAAUAAUGCGUUGAAACAUCGAUAUCCGAUGGCUGAACUUGGUUUUAAAGUGUUCGGCAAUGAAAUAUCAUUUUGGAGUGCCGAAGGAGAUGAAGAAAUCAGAAAAUCGUUGGAAAGAUUAAACCCUAAGUUAAGGAUUUUGGAAAUUUUAUCAGGAAAAGAAAUUUCUUACAAUAAAGCGUCACUGUUUCUCGACACGACUUUCUCCGUGCCGACUGGGUGCGGUCUACCUCUUAACAUGAAUCUCAUGGGCACCAGCUACGUAGAUACCAAAAUGUCGGGAACCUUCAUAGAUAAAUAUACACAAUCCGGGAAUUUAGAUUUCGAAGGGAAAAUACGACCUAGUGUGGCAGUGAACAUAGCGGCUACAAUGAGUGUAUCAGCAGGAUCGUUAGCUUCAAGCGGUAUUCGACUAUCAUCUAGACUGUACACGGCAACAGCUCUAGAAGCAAAGCUCUCUGUGAGAGGACUUGGGCUAUUGCGAUUGGAUUUAUCCUUGCCGAGGGAUAAACAAGAGAUAUUUGCUGCUAAAUCUGAACUACUCAUUCUUCACGGCGACGAAGAAUUGCCUCAACAAGGUCUUAACAAGAACAGGAUAGAACAAAAUACCUGUAGUUGGAGUACUUUUGAUAAGGCUAUAGGUAUUAAAGUAUGCGCUGCGUAUCAGUUCCCUAAUAUGACGAAUCUUCGAAACGCUCCAUAUUUCCUAAUGAGCGGUCCUGCAAAGUACAUAGUUUCUUUGGAAAAAGCCGACCCAUCGGCUAAAACGUAUGCCUUCCAAUACAAAUGGGAAAGGAAUGAUACGACAGACGUAUUAGGAUUUUCCUUCGACACUCCCAAUAGUAAGGAAAAACGAAUGUUAAACGCGGCCCUAACCAUCUCAAACGCAUCUAGUACUGCGUCUCUGACUUUACAAUCCUCUGAAAGUACAAUCAAAGCUAAGGCCUUGUAUAGAAACUAUCCAUACGAUAAGUCUCUAGAGGCGAGCCUAGAUGUUGAUGGGAAGAAACAGUUUGAUACAGUAAUGUCGAUAAAAAGACACGAUAUAAAAUAUGGCUUUGUUUGGCUUCCACAUGCUUAUUGGGUUGUUAAUGAUGAUAAAAUUGCUGAGUUAUCUGGCAGUGUAAAAGUUAAAUCUAAAGGAGGUAUCACACAAUGGGACAUAACAGCCGAUUUCCAAACAAAACAAUUGGCGAGUCGACUUUUAGGCUAUUACACUAUAAAUGGACCUACACAUGGCACUAAAUUACAACUAGAUUAUCAGUUUUAUGGGAAUCCGAAGCAAACGAUCAAAAUCGAAGGGGUUUAUAGUGAGAGGCCCAUGACCUAUAGACAUGAUUUGUAUGGAGAAUUGUCUAUGGAAUUCACGGCAUACCCAACAUACAAUUUCUUUUCGGUACUAAGGAAUGUGAAAACUCAAAAUCAUAUAGACAUUGGUUUUAACGUGAGUGCGUCUAAGAAUCUAAGUUCAGACCCAGCCUUUACGUUCACGUACCGACGCGUUGACAAAAUAAAUGGCUUGAAAGUAGAUACGAAAGUAUCCUUAAAUAGACCAAGACCUGUUUUGUUGGUGUUACACUAUGAUCAAAUAGGACCAAAAUAUUCAGCCAUGGCUUUACUUAAUUUUAAUCCAAAAUCUCGAGAAAUAUAUCUUUCGGGGUAUUUAUUCGCUCCUCCUGGAACUCAGUUGUAUGCGGAUGCAGAACUAAAUGUUACUCUGCCCACAUUACAUCCGUGCACGUUGAAGGCAAAGUUGCAUGAAAAACGGCCUAAUGAAUUUCAAGUAAAUGCAAAUGGCGUUUGGUUCACCGGAGUAGACUUCACAAUAGACGCAGUAUACCAAGACCAGUCUAAGACGAACUUAGCAUCUCAUAGACUUAAAGUAUUAAUCAACUCCAGCCAUUUCAAAGACAUUGCCGUGGACGCGAAAUUCACUCAAGAUAAUAGACAGAUUACUUUUAUAGCUGAGGGUGUCUACAACAAUGAUAAAUAUAAAGUUUUAGUUCGUUACUUAUUACUGUCGGAACAGAACUUCACCACGUACGGUGAAGUGACCAUUAGUGGCAAAGUGUAUAGUGUCGCUUUGAACGCGGACCUGAAUAAUAACACAAAUAUCAAUAUGGAUAUACAUUUUGAUCAAUUACGAGACGUCCACAUAUCCUACAUGCGAGCGGUAACAGAAAAACAAAAGCGUUUGAGUGCUUCCUUCAACUGGGAUGCGAACCGCGACCCUUCACAGAAACUGAGCAUAGAUGCGAAGUUGGACCACAAGGGCAAGUGGCACCACUCUGGACACGUCACCUUACAUUACCCGGGCAGAGUGGUUAAUGGGGAAUUCGAGUUUUUACUUAAAGAUUGGUUCUGCGAAUGGAUGGUACGUAUGGGGUGGGCGAGCCCCACUGCCGUAGUGUGGCGCGUGAAGGCAUUCUCCGAAGCGCGGGAGCAGACUGUGUACGCCCUAUUGUCUAGUCUGAACACGCCCUUCCCCGGUUGGAAGGACACUAGCUUUAAUCUUAUGUGGCGAUAUAAAGACAAUCUGCAAGCAAUAAAUGGCAGUAUGAAUUGGCAAGAGGAUUAUCUAGCGUUUAGUCUUUUGGCGGACUAUUUGUUUACUACGACAAAAUUCUAUGGGGAAAUCAAUGCUUUAGUAAAUUCUACAAUACCAACUUUGCCUAAAGCGGCGGCCAUUGCGAGACACACAGUUGUAUGGAAGAAGAGUGCUGAUACGUUACUUAGUUUUCAGUAUAAUGAAGAUGGUCUCCUGAUGAUAAAUUCUUCUUGGGCCAUUGACAAGGGACCUACAGAGAACAAUAUUACUGGAAAAGUGACACUUUUAACUCCAUUUCAAGGUUACAAAAAAGGUUUCUUGAAAACAGAAUUCGUGCUUGGUCACAAGAGAGACAUCAAAGGCGUCACAUAUCUAGACUUGGAAGAAAAAGUAGUCAAAAUUUAUGUUAAUGGACACAUGCGACGUAUAACAAACUGCAUGUUGGUAGUGAAUGUGACGAGCCCGUUAGCACAGUUCUCCCACAGUUCAGCGAGGUUUGGUUUCGUGGAGCACGAUAGACACCUCGUCGCUAUGAUUGUUACACCCAAUACUACUACUGGUAUCGAAUUCCUUCUAAAACUAGCAUCGUUACAAGACUUCCAAAUAUUUGGACACAUCGCGCUACCGAUACAAUACUUGAAUCGCGCCAUGGUCACCGCUAAGAGGGCUCCAGAAGAGGUGGACUUCAGAGUAGGUUGGGGCAAUAUGGACUUCGGGUUCACAGGCAUAUGGCAAUGGAAAUCCAUACUCAAUUUCGUUUAUGUAUACAAGCUGUACACUCCCUUAGAUGGAUUUGAAGAAAACGGGCUUGUUUUAAAAAAUAUAUACAAAAAUGGUCUCGAUACUGAGCUGUCUAUACGUCUUUCUAAACAUAAGUUCGGCAUAGCAAUCCUACUACGUGACAACGGUAAAGGUCUCCUCGACGUGAUAAAAGACCGGUUCCAACACAAGCCCGGCGACCCGGAUAUGUUCGUUGAGAACUUUGACACCGAAGCGAGCGUCACUUUGGACACUUUGUAUUAUCCGACAAUAACAUUCCAUUCGCAUAUGUUGAAGUUCGUGGGUCCCGACGAAGAAGAUAUAUUAGAAGCUAACGCAACAUUACAUCUGCCGAAUAAACCGCCUAUAGUUUUGACAGACGUUUUUAUUUUGGAGACUUACACAGUAAUGCGUAACACACUGAAUCUUGUGACGCCUUUCCAAGCGAUCAAACAACUGAAGUCAGUGUAUACUGUGGAUAUUACUAUAGGAGAGAAGUUUAAUGUGACCUGUGUCGCCUUGCUGUACAACGGCACGUAUUGGCAUGAGAUCUCGUACAAGAUCUACUACGAGACGGAGACGGGCGAGGACGCGGCGUACCGGUCGUACCUGGCGUCGGUGGGCGUGGCCACGCCGCUGGCCGUGCUGCCGGCGCUGGAGGCGCGCGCCGCCGCACGCCUCGAGGACGCGCUCUGGAAGCUCUCCGCGGACAUCGCCAUGCCAUCAUUCACCGUCACCGCAAUGGCGAGGCUGGAGUUAGACGAUCCAUUCGUAGAAACAUCUGGCAGUUUGAACCUCACAUCCCUGUACUUAGAAGACUACUUCAUCAAAAUGGAGUUCAAGAAGGAUUUCUCCGAUGUAGAGAAUGUAGUUGGCGGCGGAAUUCAUAUACAACAGGGCAAUCAGAAUAAUUAUCUUUUCGCGGACGUGGUAUGGCGUCCACCGCCGUCCAGACACAUACGCUUCAAGGCGAGAGGCGCGCUGGUACCAGUGCUGACACCAGCGGACCUCGCGCUGCUGUACAGCGACGAGGGCAAACAGCGCACUCUCACUGUGGACUUCAGCAGCGAAGAGAACUACUACUCGCUGAAGGCUGAUCAGUGGCCAACUUCUAUCAGUGUUGCUCUCAGCAGCCCCCAUAAAGGGUUCAGAGCAAUGAAGAUUAUAGGAGAAUUUGACGAAGAUGAUAUCAGAGGUUCCUUCGUCACCGACUCCACUGAGUACAGCGUUUCAGGAAAAGUUCUCAAACGUGAUCCGUUAGAGCUAACCCUAACAUUAGUGCCUAAAGGCCAAGGCCAAGAAAUAACAGUGCGUGUUAAAUGCGAGGCAUCUUCCACUUUAUAUGGCAUCACCGCGCACGUCCUGGGCCCAAUGGAAGCUACUCUACGCACUAAGAUCGAAAUGCAGGCAAACUUCACUGAUGUAUACUUUAAGGUGGAUCUGCCGAAAGUAAAAAGCAAGGAGAUCUACUUCAAAUUCCGAGUAGAACAGUAUCCAGACCUACGUAGAGUAGUGUCAGUGCAAGCAGCGACGCCCUUACAGAAACUAAGCUUUGUGAAGGGAGAUACUGAUUUUGUAUUUGCGCCAAAAACAGGAUAUUUAAUUUGUAACUACGAACUACCAGACAUGAAGGGAGAAGGCGAUCUGAAAUGGAGUUUCCUUCUAGGAGAUCUCUUUAUACGCGCUAUCGGACAACAAUUAGUGAAAGAAACUCAGCGAAGCGUAGACUUGGAUAUAUACUUCGGGAAUACCACAGAAGAUGGACUUUCUAAAACCAAUGCUGGAUUUAGAAUGGACUUAGAUCGAAUUUGGCAAAUCGGCGCUAACGCCUCAUUUGGCCUUAUAAUGGAGAAACGAAUCAAUCUAGUGAUAAACGCAAUCCUUCCCAAACCCAACGUGGACGUGCACACGCUGUACAUCGAUGGCUCUAUGGGAGACGCCGCCAAGCCGUCACAGACUUUGCAGGCAUUGUACCACACUGACGUUACCAAGAUACGUGCGGGGUUGAAAGGCGAGAUGCUUACAUUAGCUGAAAGCUUCGACGGUAACGCCAAAGUAACUUGGACAGCGAACUCCGUUUACAAAGACGUCGACAACAUAAUAUCGUAUAAAUGGGAUGUAAACGGAUCAAAAUAUAUAGAUUACAGCUUAAGCACGCCGUUGUAUGAAACCGAACCGACGUUCACUGUGACAGGGUCGUAUCAAAAGGACUUAGUACAUGGCUAUCAUGUUGUGAAAGGUCUCAUGUAUCGCCCAAGCUCUUCUCAAAUAGGUGAAAUAGACAUGCGUUACGGCGGUAUCAAACACACAGACGGACAUUUCAACAUGUCCACACCGUUCCAAACUCUGCCUUGGUUGGAAUCUAUAUUUGAUAUUAACAACUUAGAAGAGCUAUCAGAUAAUAAAGUAGAUUUAUUCUGGCCGAACAAAUCAGCUUCAUUAAAUACAACACAUAAAUACGUAAAACAAGACACGGGUUUCACACAAAAUGGCGCAAUAUCACUUUCAAUUCCAUUGAACACUCAACAUUUGGUCAACACCGAAUAUUUCUAUUUAGAAGAAGACAAAAGAAGCAAUGGAAAUGCAACAAUCGAUUUCGAUCGUGAAAGAUUUUUGGAAGUAUUUUUCAAUAAAGUUCUAAGUAAAAGUGAUAGGAAUUUAGACUUAGCUACUAUGAAUAUUGAGGUCGAAAACAUUCACACGCCGUUUGGUGUUAAAUAUAUACAUGAAUACGAUGGCGUUGGAAGCAUUGAUGCAAAACAAGCAACAAUAUUCCAUCUUCAUAACGAAAGUAUGGCGAAUAUAACCGGACGCCUCGACAUGUACACAUACGAUAUAGGCAAGCAACUCAAACUAACAGCCAUACACGGAAAUCGAACCUGGACCUUUGAGAACAAGUAUGAGGCUGUCGAUAAAGAACUAAAACAGGGCAGUAAAAUGACGUGGGCAGAGGAUGUGUGGAUAAAUUAUGAUAUACAUGUUACUAAUAUGAGUGUCGCUGACACAGAAUCCCAACAAAUUGUAAUGGACAUCCGCUACCCGCUACGUACUUUCCGUAUAACGGGUCUCUAUCGCCUACAAGAUACGCUAUUGGAUGGAAACGCCCAUUUGCUUUGGAAUGUACGCGCUGAAAACAAAAGUGCUGAAUUGAAAGGACGAUGGGAAAACCCUGCGACGGAUGAAGGGAACCUACACGAUGUAUACUUGGCAUUAUCUCAUCCUUCCUUUAAAAAGGAUGUGACUCUCAAAGGGCAGUAUCUCAGCACGCCAGCUGUCAUGUCAAAUGUCUCCAUAGAGCUGCAAUACUCUGACUACGAAAACGAAUAUCUAAAACUCAAGUCAAUACUAACCGAUAACUCCAAUGGACCCAUCAGAGAUUAUAAGUUUGCUCUCAAAUGCACUCAUCCUUCAACAAACUUAGAUUUAGAUAUGAAAUCCGAUAUAAAUAUCCAUAGCCGAUGGUAUUACUUGUCGAAUUACUAUAGAUUCCAGAAGUCGCUGUUCUAUGAGAAACUGCGAAACAAUCAGUUGUUGAUUGAUUUGAAUGAGAGUCAGAUUAGUUGGGAGCGAGCAAAUGAGACUUACUUCUAUAAAGUAAACGGCACAUGGUCCCUCGUGUAUCCUAAAUACCAAGCAAGUGGAAUUGUACUACGUCCAAAAGCAACGGAUAUAGUGUUUGCUGAAUUGUCUAUGCUUGAUAAAGCUGUUGUUGCGCAUUACAAUAGUACUGAUGACAUUUCCUAUCAUAUAAUAGGCAAAAUUAUAGACACUAGAUCGGCUAGAGUGGACGCAUGGCGCAACUACGAUGACGUCACUACCGUCGACCUCGCGUCCUACAUACGUUUAAACCAUUCUCGGCUACUCACUAGUGCCUUCAUGUGGCGUCCUGAAAUAUUCACCGAAAUAAAGUCCCAAGCUGUAUACACCAUGAAGAUAUUAUACAGCCAAAUUAAUGAUACCCUAGUGGUUAUAAAAGAAGCUCCAAUGGAAGCCCAUUUGGCUCUAAGAAAUAUUUGGAGCGACGCUAAACCCAGAGUACGGGAGUUCUUAGACGAUUUGAACGAUUUGCACGUGAUUAAAGAUGAUUUAGAUGAAUUUGAACGGUUUUUAAACGAAUCUUACGAGCAUAACGACUUUUAUGUUAAAGAUGUAAUAGAAUUCACUUAUUACGUGUUAGAUGAAAUGGCUAUACGUAAUCAUCUGGAAAGCUUGCCCGGUUUCGUAAAUGAUAUGUGGGGGAUGAUGGGUAACACAAGUUCGUCUAUCAAACAAAGUCUGACCUACGUUGUGGACUCCAUUAAAAAAGCGUACGCUAAUUUCCUGGAAUCGAUAAAUAAAAUUUUGGAAGCAGAUCUAAUGGAGCUAGUAUCGGAUAAGUUGGAAACAAUGAUACUGCAAUAUGAUACUUUCGUAAGAGAUUUGCAUAUGAAGUUUUUGGAAUAUUGGGAAGAGACGUGGGUGAAUGCGACCAAUCGAAUGGGGAAAUAUUGGCAUGACUUAUUGAAAUCUAUAGAGCCGCUGUUUUUCAAAAUGUUACAUUAUAGCGAAGCGUUUGUCGUCACUAUUUGGAAAAGUAUCAUGGAUUUCUUCCACGAACGGACACACGAACUGACUGACACGCCCUAUUUCAAUUAUGUAUCUACGUUUGGACACGAAAUGGAUCGUAUUUACAAAGACUUGGUAAAUAAUGACAUAAUAACGAACGUAAAGAAAUACAGCAGAAAACUAUGGAACGUAAUUUGGGGCAAAAUAGAAAAGUACAUUCCAUUCACUGACGAGUUCAGACAAUUGUUCAAUGAAUUUAGAAAUGCUUGGGAGAAUUUCCUGAAGACACCGCAAGUGGUUUAUGUUAGAGAAAAGUACAAAGAAGCUUACGAACGCUUAAAAUGGUGGUACGACUAUUUCUUAAUUGGUGAAGCAUUUGACAAAGUUUGGGAGAUUUUAUAUGCAAAAGUCACGGAUAUGGCUAAAACAGCGUUGCAAUAUGAAGAGUUACACCGCACACCAAAAACAAACUUCAUAUUCGACCCUCACAAAGGUGAGAUCGUUCUAGAACAAAAGCUACCAAUGUCCUGGCACGCUUUCAAUCGAACUCCGGACUUUUCCGAGAUAUCCGAGUACAGAACUAUAAGGGACUUUGUAGACGAAUGGCUAACAAGUAACAGGAGUAUUUGGGCAUAUUACUAUGAUAUACGACCGUAUUUAGACCUUAAUAAUGUAGUUCCACCGUUUUCGGGUAUGGCAAUGAUGACCGGAGAAGGCACACUGGUAACAUUCGACAAACAAGUGUUCACGGUAACCGAGCCCGGUACAUUCCUCCUAACGAAAGACUACAAACAGAAUAACUUCACUGUGCUAAUGGAGAGCAAUGAAGAUGGCAGAUACGACUUGGUCGUGUUGACUAAAAAGAAUUUGAUUUUCAUCGAUUUGUAUAAACAGCAAGUGUCCUUAGGUCCAUCGCUGCCACUCAAUUUACCAGCAGUCAUUGACGAGUUAAUAGUGGACAGACGCACAGACACGCUCACUGUGGAGGGACAAAGCGGGUUGGACAUCGAGUGCAAUUUGCUGUUCAAGACCUGCAAACUGGAAGUCGCAGGUUGGUAUUACGCGAGCCUAGGUGGUCUCCUCGGUACAUACAACAACGAACAGUACGACGAAAGACAAUUGCCCAACAAUACAAUCGAAACAGAUAUAGAUAACUUAGCCCACGCGUGGACUAUACGCAAUGUGACCGUGGGCAAAACGCCGCCAAAACCAAAUAAUACUGUGUGCGAUAAAUUCUUUAGGAAUAAGGUGUCUCCAUUGCAUCCUUGUUUCUCUUUGAUCGACGCAGUGCCCUUCUACGCAGAAUGCGCGGUGGGCGCGGACGCGUGCGCGCUGGCCGACGCCUACCGCGCGCUGUGUGCGCAGCAACACGUGCCCACGCACGUGCCCGACCUGUGUGUGCAAUGUACAACACCCGAAGGCGAUAUAGUAGAAGAAGGAUCUUUCCUACAACUGCAAAACGUACCAGCAUCAAUGGACGUAGUGUUCGUGGUCGAGGCGCAGAACUGCAAUAAGAAUAUACGCAAGACGAAGAACAUCGAUCUGUUCAUAGAUACUUUGGAUAGUAAACUUCAAGGCAAUGGCUUUUCUGAUAACAGAUACGCGGUGGUAGUGUACGGCGGGCGCGGCGUGUACCGCAAGCCGCGCGCGCUGUACGUCAACAACAAGCUGUUCACCGACGCCGUGGAUAUACCUCGGCACUUCGAGGCUUUCGAAAUUGAGAAGCCCGGCAACAAGUCGGUGGCGGGCGACGCGCUGCGCGCGCUGCGCCUCGUGAGCGCGCUGCCGCUGCGCGCCGCCGCGCCGCGCGUCGCGCUGCUGCUGCCCUGCACCGUCUGCGAGCCGAGACUCUCUUUGGAUUACUCCACCAUCUACCACAAUUUGAUGGAGAACUCGAUAACUCUACACAUUCUCAUGGACGAUGACUUCUCGCUCUCUAAGAAGAGAGUGGCCAAGUACCUGUUUGGAGUGGACAGUUCUGUGGCUUACACCAACAAAGACUACGAAAGAUUGGUGGGCGACGUCGGGCUCAGGAAGCAAGUGAGACUGCCCAAAGACAAGCUUGGGCUCUGCACUUCGCUUGCUUUGGAGACUAACGGCACCAUCUGGGCGGGGUCGAAGCUGUCGCUGGAGCGCGGCGCGGCGCGGCGCUUCGCCACGGUGGCGGCGGGGCGCGUGGCGCGCGCCGCCCGCUGCGCCGCGCCGCGCUGCGAGUGCCGCGCCGCCGCGCUGCACUGCGCGCCCUGCGCCCACCGCGACCCCAUGGAAUUAUCAUUCUGGAAUUCAGAUGACAUCGACGAGCUAAUCGAUAUGGCGAUGGAACCGCCAUCGCUGCCUUCCUCAUAUAGC